AUGCCCCGCGCCGCUCCCACAUUCAACAUGUACUUCACAUUGGAUAAAAAUAUGUCUUCGUCAUCUGUUUCCCAAAAGGUCAUCAUUGUCGGCGCCACUGGAAACCUGGGACCCCAUCUGGUGUCGGCUAUUGAUAGCGACCCCCAUUUCCAGGUUUCCAUCUUGAGUCGCGAUUCAUCGGACUGCAGUAAAUUCCCACAGCACAUUGCAGUCCACCGCGUCAACAACUAUGACGCAAGCGAUACAAACCUUGUCAAAAUACUCACAGGACAAGAUGUGAUUAUCAGCGCGAUCGCCACCCAGGCUGUUUUGCAGCAGAAGGCAAUCAUUGAUGCCGCUGUGAAGGCUGGAGUGAAGCAUUUUGUGCCAUCGGAGUAUGGUCAUGAUACACGAAAUGAGCGGGCGGCGCAAUUGCUUCCACCUUGUUUCUUCACCCACAAAAAGCAAAUUGUUGAGUAUUUACAGAGCAAGGAGACCGAAGGAUUGAAGUGGACCGCUUUUGUGACGGGGCCAUUCUUCGAGACCACUGUUGCUGUCGCGGUCAAAAACGCCAUUUCAGCCCCCGCCGAGAUUGUCAACAAGUACCUGUUUGUCGAGUCUUUCAACGUAUCACAGAAUAAAAUUUUGUCUUCGGUGGAAAGUCUUACAAAGGCUAAAUGGGAUGUGAGUUAUCAUGAUGCCGGAGAGCAGAGACAGCUGGCAUCAGAGAAACUGUCUCGGCGGGACUAUAGUGGUCUUCCAACGCUCAUGGGGUACGUUACAUGUGUCGAUGGGUAUGGCGGGGAUUAUAUGCAGUACGAGGAGAGCGCGAAUGACAUGCUAUCCUUGCCGCGGGAGAGUUUAGAUAGCGCCUUGAAGAAAAUGGAAAAACGAGCUCUGAAAGGGAAAUAG